GUACGCUCUUAAUCUGAGUCCCAGUAUAAAAGAGAAGGCCUAGAGAGAGAAAGCGAACCUUCAAAUAUCACAGACUUAGGUACCACAGAGUAAGAAUGGCCACAUUCGAGUUGUAUCGAAGAUCGACCAUUGGGAUGUGUUUAACUGAAACUUUGGAUGAGAUGGUCUCUAAUGGGACACUUAGUCCUGAGCUUGCGAUUCAAGUGCUAGUGCAAUUUGACAAGUCAAUGACAGAGGCUCUAGAAACCCAAGUGAAGAGCAAAGUCACUAUCAAGGGGCAUCUUCACACAUACAGGUUCUGUGACAAUGUCUGGACCUUCAUUUUACAAGGCGCUUCCUUCAAGAAUGAGGAAUGCCAGGAAAAUGUGGGGAAGGUGAAAAUAGUUGCUUGUGAUUCGAAGCUGCUUUCACAGUGAAAUCCUGUCAAUCAUCAAGAAAAAAAUGUAUAUCUGUGCCAUUUGAGUGGGAGUUGUUUUGACUUACAGAUAUCAGCUGCUUUCCUUGAAUAACAAUCUUUUACUGCAAUUUACUUUUCUUUUGGUGUCAAUGCAAUACAUGAUACUCUCGUUGA